AUGUCCGACAACGAUGAAUUAUGGACAACUACUGAUGAAGAAUCAGAAUCAGACGGUGAUCCAUUUAGUACACCUCGCGCUAAAGUGCGGUCAAGUCUACCCCCAUCAAGUAUUAGCCGUGUCUCGCUUGCAACUCCAAGUAGCAACAUUACAGGAUCACCUGAAACCAAAAAGCAAAAGCGACGUAGAAAGGGACACAAGAAACGCGCAGCUGCUUUAAGGUCUAGAGAAGUAGCAAAGCAGUGGAAAGAUAUAGUGAGCAAAUCUAAACAUUUGGACGGUAUUCUGUCUGCCCUAGAAAAUGCCAACUUGCGUGUAUGGGAUCUCAUGGAAUAUGUGUUUAAUCCUAUACACAAAAAAGGUGUUAUCCGAUAUCAACACUUCUUUUCCAAGCCUGAAAAUCCCAUCAUGCUUCUUGACUGGUGGCUAUCACCCGAUAACCAGUCUAAAAUUGCCAAAAAGAAGAUUGACGAAUGGAUUACAACCUAUUGUGCCCGGAAAAUAGCUCGAGAAGCCUUGGUCAUUACUCGAUCAAGAAUUCUGUUGACGAUGAACAAAACCAUUGAUCCCAAUCUCGCAAAUCAAUUUAGCUAUAACCAACUCUACAAUGUUUUUUGCACAGAACUCGCUCCAGUUGCCAUGCAAAUGUUGGAAGCAUUUUCAACAUCCCAUCGUGCCAACACCCAUACUAUUGCAAGAAAAGAGCGCACCAAAAAGGCAACCAAUACUCUUCAUGCUAGACUAUCGGAAAGUUACACAAAUCUGACGACAAAAAAUCUGGUCCGAAUGAGAAAGCCCAAAUUAUCAUCACGGACUGAUAGCAAUCCGUUUCUGGACCCUGACACAUCCAACAAGGUUGUAGUUGUCAAAAAGCGAACUGGAACUCUUUAUCAGCUUUCUGAAAGUGCACGCUUAUUGGCUCGUAAAAUUGCUGCAACUGGUCUAUUUUCCACCGACUAUGAUAAUGUGAAUAUGCGAAUGCAUAAUACGGAACAAAUAAUUGGUCGACACGAUUCACAAGAAAAUGGAACAUGUGCCACGUUAAUACCACUCUUUGAUGCCAAGAUAGAAGAUCUUAAUCUUCAGAAGUUCCAGUUAUCAUUUUUGGAAGCACCAAUCCUUCAGAUUCAAGAAAUUCUACUCAACAGUGACGAGCAAAAAUCCUUAAAAGCUAAUCUGGUUCACACCAUCUUGCGUAUUAUCAUUAAUCAUGGUGGUCCGGGAUUUCAACGGUUUACAAAAGAGCUAGCAAAAUCUCAACCGCAGACACCUGACAUUAUUCCACUGCAUAAAACCAAUCUUCAUCCUCUUCCUACAUGGCCCAUUGAUGAAUCAACCAUCACCGGAAAUGCAGAUGUUGUCACAGCCAUUAUGCAAGAGCUAGAUUUAGUUGACAGCCAGGGAAAACCCAAAAAUCCUGAUGCUUCAAACCAGGUUCGCUUUUUAGGCGGUGACCAGCUAUCUCUUGCACGCCUCCGAGCAUUAGAAUACAUCCGCGCUGGUCAAGAAAGUGGCUUGGAGGGCUAUUUCUGGGGCGUUUGGAUACCAGUCUCAAAUUAUUCGUCACUAGACAAGUAUUGUGCCAAUGUCACAACUUGGCAAGCUCUUUAUCAUCACGCUGAAAUGAUACUCGAGAAGUACGCCAACUCUCUAAUAGUUGAAGAAUUACGCGAUCAGCGAAAUGAAGAGAUGGAUAUGUCGGACGAGGAAAACAAAAAACCUACCCAAGGUGAUAUGGUGUUUGAAAACGCAUCACUGUUUCUACGUGAUGCCUUGAUUACUCGCGAGUUUAAUGACGCGAUUAAAUCUGGAGACUCGGGAAGAAUUAUCUUGGUUCUAAAAACCUGGGCACUUAGUUUCCGAGGAAGCGGCAGAACAAAAUAUGCACAUGAAAUGCUUCACCUUAUUCAUAAUCUAACUCACGUUUGGCCAAAAGCAAUUCGCGAUAUUGUAUUGAAGAAUUGGGUACUCAAUCCUUCGGGAGAGCCUAAUCGAUUUGUCGAGAUGGAUCUCGUUCAAGAACACCUCAAUUUUCGGAUAAAGGUUCUUUAUAAAGCCAAGGGAUCAAAUGCUUCAUGGGAAUGGCUUGAAAUUAUAUCACCAUGCGUUGUUGCACUAUCCGACCUACAGAAGAUGUUAAACGACACACUCGGAUCAGACCAAGGUACCAAACAUGCACCGCCCGACCUAACCAACGACAUUCGCAGUUUAAUGGAAAGUCUUUCUGACCACGAGGUGUACACUAUCAAAAAAGGAAGAUCACUCAACGACGAUGAGAUGGUAAAGGAUGUCAUUUCAGUGGGAUUGCAAAAUCUUACUACAGGCAGCAAGAACCCCCUUUCCGACUACAACAACUCCUUUAAAAAGCUUCAAAAACGACGAAAAAUGAACCCAGUCUCUGCAGAUGAAACAGACAAUGAAAGGGACAUACCUGCACAUCCCACCUCCAUCAAAAGUGAACCUCUGGAUAUCCAGAUUGUCCCAAAUGCAGUCUCUACAUCCUCUGUAUAUUCAAAUCAUGCUUCAGCUUCAGACAGUAUGGGCGAGUCUAGCAUGCAGGGUUUUGGAGAUGACAUGGAAGUAGAAGAGUCAGCUGAGGAGGCGGACAACAGUGAAGAAGUGGAAGAAACCUUACCUCGUGCCACAGAAAGGGAUGUGGACCUUGACAUGGAUCUUGAGGAAAUAGAGGAGGAGUACGAUGUUAUUGAGGAUUCAGAGGAUUCAGAAUUCGAGGGGGAAGGGGACGGGUAG